UUUGGCCCCAGGGCAGGAGCCGGGCUUAGGGCAUUGUCUGGAGUAGCCCAUCCCAGAAGAUCCAGCUUAUCUCUGCCUGACGACCCGAGAUGGGACAUUUCCUCCCUGGCCCCACUCCCGCCCGGAGGACAAAGCAGGAGCAUUCCCGGCUCUGUCACCUCCCUCGGAGAACCAGGGACUCUGCCUUCUGCGCUGAACUGGGAGCUGUGGUCCCACACCAGUGCCGUGGGUUCUGGGCUGAACUAGUGCCAGAGCAGUGCUGUGGGAUCUGGGCUGAACUGGGUGCUGAGGUCCCACACCAGUACCGCGAGGUCAGGGCUGAACUGGGAGCUGUGGUCCCACACCAGUGCAGAGGGUUUGGGCUGAACUGGGAGCACUGGUCCCACACCAGUGCCGUGGUGUCUGGGCUGGACUGGGAGCUGUGGUCCCACACCAGUGCCAUGGGAGGUCUGGGAUGGACUGCGAGCUGAGGUCCCAGAUCAGUGUAGAGGUUCUGAGCUGAACUGGGAUCUGUGAUCCCAAGCCAGUACCGUGGGGACAGGGCUGAACUGGGAGCUGUGGUCCCAGAUCAGUGCCAUGGGGGUACUGGGCUGAACUGGGAGCUGUGGUCCCGCACCAGUGCAGAGGAAUCUGGGAUGGACUGGGAUCUGUGAUCCCAAGCCAGUACCGUGGGGGUACUGGGCUGAACUGGGAGCUGUGGUCCCACAACGGUGUAGGAGGAUCUGGGAUGGUCUGGGAGCACUGGUCUUGCACCAGUGGGGUCAGUGCUGAACUGGGAUCUGCGGUCCCAGACCAGUGCAGGUGCUCUGGGCUGAACUGGGAGCACUGGUCCCACAGCAGUACCCCCGCGGGGGGUCGGACCCCGGGCAGUUCCCCGUGCGGGGCGAGGUCCCCCCGGGCGCCGCCGCCCCCGCCCCGUUCCCCCGAGCACAAAAGGCGCCGCGGGGCCGGGACCGCGGCGGAGUGGAGUGGGACCGGAGAGGUGAGCGCGGGGAUGGACGCAGCCGGACCGAGCCGAAGCCACACGAACAGAGCCGAAUGGAACCAACCCGACCGAAGCCGAGUGGAGCCGAGCCGAACCGAGAGGAUCCGAACUGAACCGAGCCGAGCGGCCCCGAACCGGCCCGGGCGGAGCCGAGCGGCCCCGAGUCAAACCGAGCCGAGCAGCCGAGCGUCGACGAGCGGACCCGAGAGAACCCGAGCGGCCCCGAACCGACCCGAGCGGACCCGAGCGGAGCCGAGUGUGGUCGAGCGGCCCCGAACCGACCCGAGCCGAGCCGAGCGGAGCCGAGUGUGGUCGAGCGGCCUCGAACCGACCCGAGCGGCCCCGAGUGCGGCCGAGCGGGGCCGCCCCGCCCCGAGCGGAGCCGAGCGGGCCGCGGGCUGCGGGGCUGCCCCUCCCGCCGCAGCCAACCAGCCGGGCCGGGAGGCGCCAUGUGACCCGGGCAGCCCAGACAAAGGGCCGGGACGCCCGGCGGACCGCGCCGCGGAGUCCCUCGGAUCGGAGCGGAUCGGUUCGGCCCGCCGCGGUGGCCAGCCUGCAUGGGCGGAGAAGAAAGCGAAGGUGAUCGCCGUGAUGAAUGUGGUGGAGGAGACGCCGCCGGCCGAGCCGCAGAAGGAGGAGGAGGCCAGUCCCCCUGCCUCGCAGCAGCCCACCGACCCAGCCUCGCCCAACGUGGCCACCACACCUGAGCCUGCGGUGGCCGAUGCGGGUGACAAGAACGCUUCCAAGUCUGCCGACGAUGAGCCCGAGUACGAGGAUGGACGUGGCUUUGGCAUCGGUGAGCUGGUGUGGGGCAAGCUGCGUGGCUUCUCCUGGUGGCCUGGGCGCAUCGUCUCCUGGUGGAUGACGGGACGGAGCCGGGCGGCUGAGGGCACCCGCUGGGUGAUGUGGUUUGGCGAUGGCAAGUUCUCAGUGGUCUGUGUGGAGAAGCUCCUGCCUCUCAGCUCCUUCGCCAGCGCCUUCCACCAGGCCACCUACAACAAGCAGCCCAUGUACCGCAAAGCCAUCUAUGAGGUGCUGCAGGUGGCAAGCAGCAGAGCUGGGAAGAUCUUCCCGGCAUGUCCUGAGAAUGACGAGACGGACACCUCCAAGGUAGUGGAGAUCCAGAACAAGCAGAUGAUCGAGUGGGCUCUGGGUGGCUUCCAGCCCUCUGGCCCCAAGGGGCUGGAACCCCCCGAAGAGGAGCGAAAUCCCUACAAAGAAGUUUACACGGAGAUGUGGGUAGAGCCUGAAGCAGCUGCCUACGCACCACCCCCACCCGCCAAAAAACCCAGGAAAAGCACAACAGAGAAGCCCAAGGUCAAGGAAAUCAUCGAUGAGCGCACACGAGAGCGACUUGUCUACGAGGUCCGGCAGAAAUGCCGGAACAUCGAAGACAUCUGCAUCUCCUGCGGGAGCCUCAACGUCACCCUGGAGCACCCUCUCUUCAUUGGAGGAAUGUGCCAAAACUGCAAGAACUGCUUCUUGGAGUGUGCCUACCAGUAUGACGAUGACGGCUACCAGUCCUACUGCACCAUCUGCUGUGGCGGCCGCGAGGUGCUCAUGUGCGGCAACAACAACUGCUGCAGGUGCUUCUGCGUGGAGUGCGUGGACCUGCUGGUGGGCCCUGGGGCGGCCCAGGCAGCCAUCAAGGAGGACCCCUGGAACUGCUACAUGUGUGGCCACAAGGGUGUCUACGGGCUGCUCCGGCGGCGGGAGGACUGGCCCUCACGCCUCCAGAUGUUCUUUGCCAACAACCACGACCAGGAGUUUGACCCGCCGAAGGUUUACCCACCGGUGCCGGCCGAGAAGAGGAAGCCCAUCCGUGUGCUCUCACUCUUUGACGGCAUUGCCACAGGCCUGCUGGUGCUGAAGGACCUGGGCAUUCAGGUGGAUCGCUACAUCGCCUCCGAGGUGUGUGAGGACUCCAUUACUGUGGGCAUGGUGAGGCACCAGGGCAAGAUCAUGUACGUCGGGGACGUCCGCAAUGUCACCCAGAAACACAUACAGGAAUGGGGCCCCUUUGACCUGGUGAUUGGGGGGAGCCCUUGCAAUGACCUCUCCAUCGUCAAUCCGGCCAGGAAGGGGCUCUAUGAGGGCACUGGGCGGCUCUUCUUCGAGUUCUACCGCCUGCUCCAUGAAGCCCGGCCCAAGGAGGGCGACGACCGGCCCUUCUUCUGGCUCUUUGAGAAUGUGGUGGCCAUGGGGGUGAGUGACAAGAGGGACAUCUCCCGCUUCCUGGAGUCCAACCCUGUCAUGAUUGAUGCCAAAGAAGUGUCUGCAGCGCACAGGGCACGGUACUUCUGGGGUAACCUUCCCGGGAUGAACAGGCCACUGGCGUCCACAGUCAAUGAUAAGCUGGAGCUGCAGGAGUGCCUGGAGCACGGCAGGAUAGCAAAGUUCAGCAAAGUGCGAACCAUCACCACUCGCUCCAACUCCAUCAAGCAAGGCAAGGACCAGCAUUUCCCUGUCUUCAUGAACGAGAAGGAGGAUAUCCUGUGGUGCACGGAGAUGGAGAGGGUCUUUGGCUUCCCGGUGCAUUACACAGACGUGUCCAACAUGAGCCGCCUGGCCCGGCAGAGACUGCUCGGCAGAUCCUGGAGCGUGCCGGUGAUCCGCCACCUCUUUGCUCCCCUGAAGGAAUACUUUGCCUGCGUUUAAAGAGAGACAAGACAGGAACUAGUGACACGGAGUGAGUCAGAAACAAACCCAUCCACGCCAAGAGAAGUGAAAACAUGGAAUGAGAGAAGAGUCAGCACCCAGAAGAGAGACAGGAUUUCACAGCCUGACGGGAACCCGGCACACGUCUCCCCGAGCAAAAGGGUUCGGUGUCCUCUCCUGAAUUUCCAAUGUUCAGCUUUUAGCCUAUUGAAAACAAAAAAAAAAAAAAACCACACAAAAAAACCCAACAAAACCUAAAUGAAACAAACAAAAAAAAAGCAAACAAAAAAAAACCCAAAACCAAUUUGAGGGGGGGAGUAACCUUUUAAUUUUCCGCUCUUUUCUGGCUGGGUUUUUCUGUUGGUUUGGUUCCUGCUUCUCAGAGCGAGCGGGCGAGAUGUGACGCCAGUCGCCAGCUCUGCUCUCGGAGGAGGGGAAACUGCAGUGGGAAACCCUAGCCGGGAGAGAGGCGGGAGGCGAAGGAUAUCAAACUUAAACCCGCUCCGUCUGCGCCACCGAGCUCGCAGCUCGCCCGGCUGCCGGCCCCAGCGAGCUUGGGGAGGGGGGAGCGCGAAGCGGCAGGGAGAUGCUCGGCCGGCUCCGCAACGCCCAGCGACUGAGCCUCACUCUUUUUAUUCCACCAGCACCGUUUCACUGGUGAUUAUGGAGCCAACAUAACUGGCAGGGAAGCCGAGAACACACACACCACAACACACACCUUUUCUACAGUAUUUUGGGUGCCUACCACACAGGAAACCUUGAAGAAAGCAAAUUCAGAAGCCGCUGUUACCUCGUGUUUACAGUUUAUAUAUAUAUGAUAGAUAUGAGAUAUAGAUAUAUAUAUAUAUAAAAGGUACUGUUACUACUGUACAACCUGAAUUCAUAAUGGUGCUUUUAAACAGCGGGGUGAGUCGAGACAUCAGCUUCCAUGUUGCCUUACGUGCCGGGCCUUUUUCCGAGCGAGCGGCGCGGGAGUUGGGCCGGGGCAGCGGCCGGGCGGGAAGCGUCUCCAUCCCGAGUCCAUGCAAUAACCUUUUUUUCUGUCCUAAACAAAACAAAAAAGGAAAGUGCGCCUCCCUCGGCGGUGAUGGUGACCGCCCUUGCCCGAUUCCUGCCCGCGCUGCCUGUCCUCCUGCCCUGCGACGCGCACAAACGUACUGGUGCUCUUCUGUGUACGUGGCGUUCCCGGCGUCGCCGGUGCUGGUUGGUGUCCCCCGCUUCCCCGGUCCGGUAGCAGCCGCGUGGUGCUCCCAGGACGGCAUGGGGCACGGGUGCUGUGAAUCAGGCUCUUGCCAAAAGCUGUGGUGGUGCUGAGCCGGCAGGAGCUCGGGUAAGGAGCUGAGCGCAGGACGGAGCGUGGCUGGGAUGCUUCUGGCAUGGGAUAGGGAUGGCUGCGGGUUCCUGGACCCUGGUGCUACAUCUGCGGGGCCGGGUUUGUUGGUAGGAGAGCGAUGCCCUGGUGAACCGGGAUGGGACCCCGGUACUGCCUGCGGCCUUGUGCACCAGGCAGCUCAGAGCAUCACACUGUUGUUCUGGUGUUGUUUCAGAGCAAGUGUCCCCCGUGCCGGGACACUGUGCCUGUAAGGUGCACAGUGAUGCCGCGGGAGCAGCAGUGUUGGUGCAAAGGGCAGACAGCCCUGGCUGUAGGGGUCUAGGGGCUGCGUUGGCGGUGCAGAGGGGAGCCGUGGUGCAGGCAGGAUGCGGGCAGGUGCUGGCAUUGCUGUGGAUGGUGCUACUUGUCUGGCAGCUGUGGGUGCCAUGGGAAGUCGGUGCCAGCCGGCUUGGCACAGGUGCCCACCAGGGUGGCCGGAUCCUGUGCCUGGUGCUGGAGCAGAGGGGCUCUGGCAGGGGCAGGGAGUGGUGCUACGGUGCGGGGGCAGCCCCGUUGCCAUCUCUUCUCUAACUGUGAAAGGUGCUGGGGGGUCUGCGUCUAAGCAAGGGGCCGCUGGCCGCUCGGUGCGGGGUGCUGGCUAUUUGGCAGCGAGCUGUGCCGGUGGCCCCAGGGUGCUGAGAGGUGCUGGGACCGAUGGCAGCGAGGGGUGGGUGGGGGCCCUGGGCCCCCUCACCUCCUCACCGUGCCUGGUGCUACGAGUGGUGUUCAGAGGCCCCUCUGUUGGUGCAGGCGGCGUGGGGAACUGAGCCAGCAUGGGGCAGCGGUGGUGGGGGCACCGCGGUGCCCAGUUUUGCUGAGUGGGAAAGGAGGCAGAGCAGGAUGUGGACCCCUGAGUGCUGAGCUGUGGCUGUGGGUUCCGGCUUGGCCCCGGGGCCGGGUCCCACACACCUCGGCAGCACCGGGGCGAGUCUGGUGUGGGGCUGCUGCACCGGGUGCAAAUCCUCCAUGGCCCUGCAGCAUUGCAUGUGGGUCCUGCAGGGCCCUGCAGCAAAGCAUGCGGUUCUUGCACAGCCCUGCAGCACUGCUUGCUGGUGCUGCAUGGCUCUGCCACACCGGCUGCUGUGGAUUCUGCACCACCCUGCGGCACUGCCUGCAGGUCCUGCAUGGCUCCACAGUACCAGUGCGAGUGCAGCUGGCAAGGUUUGCGCAGCCUUGCAGCACUGCAUGCAUGUGCCCUGCAUGGUGCUGCAGCACCAGGUGCAAGUCUUGUGUGGCUUUGCCGUGCUGGAUGCGGGUCCUGCAUGGUCUGCAGCACUGGGUGCAAGUGCUGUAUGACCCUGCAUUGCUGGGUGCUGGUCCUGCAGCGCUGGGUGCUGAUCCUCUGUGGCCUGCAGUGCUGGGUGCUGGUCCUGCAUGGCCUGCAGCACUGGGUGCACCAAGUGCUACACAGCCCUGCAGCUCUGGGUGCUAGUGCUGCGCAGUCCUGCAGUUCUGGGUGCUAGUGCUGCGCAGUCCUGCAGCGUCAUUUGCAAACUCCACACAGCCCUGCAGCGCUGGGUGCAAAUCCUGCAUGACCCUGCGGUGCCAGAUCUGAAUUGUGCUGGGCUUGGCAGCUCCAGGUGCAAAUCCUGCACAGCCCUGCAGCUCUAGGUCCAAAUCCUCCCUGGCCCUGCAGCAGGGUUUGGGGAUCCCAGCGGGUUCUGCCACGCUGCACCAGCCUGGCACAGCCCUGCAGCAGGGUUUUGAGGGUCCCGGCAGGCUCUGCCAUGCCACACUGGCCUGGUACUGCCUUGCAGCUGCAUUUGGGAUCCUGGCAUGACCCUGCAGCUGGGUUUGGAGAUCCUGGCAGGCUCUGCCAUGCCGCACCAGGCUGGCACAGCCCUGCAGCUGAGUUUGGGGAUCCCAGUGCAACCCUGCAACCAGGUUUGGGGAUCUCAGCGCAGCUGGGUUUGGGGAUCCCAGCUUAGCCCUGCAGCUGGGUCUGGGAUCCCGGUGGGCUCUGCCGUGGCGCAUCAGCCCAGCACAGCCCCGCAGCGCUUCCCUGGGAUCCCCCUCGUCCCCUGGCUCUGCCGCACGGCUGCCAGCCCAGUGUGGCAUCGCUGCUGCUCCUGUACCUGCUCCGGGCUCCUGCAGCCGGGACGCCUGUGCCGGUACUGGAGCCGGUGCCAAGCGGGAAGCAGAUUCCCGUUGUGGCCCAACUGGAAAGGCCUGGUGGCAGCCAUGCUGCAGCUGCCGGUGCUGGUGGGGACGGUGGGGAAAGGGAUUCAGUUUUUUAACGUACCCGACUCACAUCUUUUUUUAAAACGCAAAACCAGGCAAAUUUUGUUGCACAGCCCGAGACGAACCAGUAAAAAAAACGACGACAACAACAAAAAUAGCCUAAAUUCCUUAAGAUCCGCCGAGGGAGUAGGUGACAAAACACGGUGCUAAAACAUUUUAUUAAAAAUAUAUAUUGUUAAAUUAAGUCUGCUGUCUGGACAAUGACUGUUUGUUUUGUUUUCUCGUAGUGGAGUUUCACAGAGCACUAUUAUUUUACUCUUAUAUAUUAUUAUGAAAAACAAAAAAAAAAAGAUGGAAAAAUGACAAAAAAAAAAAGGCAUUUUAACUUUGUACUUGAAAACUAAAAGGAGAGAUUUCAUGUGUUUUAGCCUAGGCAUUGAAGUAGCUGACGCUUAACUAUUUGUGGGGAAUCAUGUACUCAUCCCAAGGAAUAACCACGUAGAGUUCAGUGCCCUCCCUCCUCUCCUAUGAUUUGGCUCAAACCCGCGCCCGCCAACAUUCCCGGCCUCCCCGGCUGCUCUUCCCUCCCUUCUUUCCCCCUCUUUUUGAUUUUACUCUCUCGGUUCGUUCCUUCUGGUUGGUUUUUUUGUUUUUGUUUUUGUUUUUUUUUUUCUUCUUCUCCCUGUCGGUUUGGUUUAUUUUUUAGGGUCGCUUCUCUAUUUAUUGCCGCUGAAUACUGUGCAUUUCACCGUAUGGUUCUGGCCCGCGGGGCUCGCCCGGCACUGUUGUAUCUGUGUAAGUAUUGCUCGUGACAUAGCUGUUCUGAACUAAUUAAAGGUCAAUGCGUGCAGCCGAUGUAGAAAGUCUGUCCGUUCCGCUUCCAUCCCAUCCUCCUCUUUUUUCU